UGGUGAGCGCUGCUUGACAUAUUUUUAUUGAUAAGCAUUUGAUAAAAGUCGACUGUCAAACUUACAUCUCGGCGAUAUUCUAUCGCAUUGAUUACUACAACGCAAAACAACUUUUUAAGGAAUCCAUGUUUGCAAACGAAUAACUUUUUUUAACUGUAACACUACUAACCCGUCACCAUCAAAAUGACUAUUCUAACAAAGGCUGUGGGGGAUAAAAAAAUAGACAAAUCUGAUUUACCAUUGGUGACAGCAAUCGAUACUGGACAUGAUGACAUGGUCAAAAAUGAUAUUGAGUCUUCGAUAUCUAGCAUUGAAGACAGACGUGUGAAUAGGGCCAGAAGGGUUUCCACAGCCACUACUCUCUGUUUAUUUUUGACUGCAUUAUUAGUUCUGAGCAUUGGUGUUAUUGGGGGUGUAUAUCUGUAUAGUCAAUAUGCUAGAGCCCGCAUGCACCGAUUCCAUGGCUGGUGCAACAUUCCCUAUGAUGGAACUAAGGCCACCAUGUUUAUUGGGGACAACUUAAAUGAUGCCAUCCAAGAGCCUCGCUUAGCAAGCAGUGAUAUGUCUAUGAAUGCAAUGGAUAUGGACAUGGGAACAUUCUUCAAAGAAGAGUUUGAUAUUGAUAUGGAGGAGGAAAAUUAUGAGAAAAUUGAUGUACCUGAUUUUCGUGGAGGCAGACGUGGAAGAUUCAUCCAUGAUUUCAAUGCCAACAAGACAGGCAUUAUUGAUAUGGAUGGCCAUCGUUGCUUUGUGAUGCCUUUAAAUCGUGAUGCAGUUUUGCCUCCACGAUCAUUGUUUGAUCUCAUUCAUAAAAUGUGGGAUGGUUACUAUGAAGUCAAUACUGAUGUUGUAAGAGAGACCAUGAGAGUUGUAUUGCCUCCUUUGGAUAAUUUAGAGGAAUUUGGUGCUUAUAUUUCAAAAGAAUGCAAAGACUUGCCAACAUAUCAAUUAGAAAAAUUUGUAGGAGGAGUGUUUAAACGCUCUAUUGAUUUGCAUGAGAAUGCCAAGUUUGCUCAAUAUGCAGGAAAUGGAAUCACUGAGUUAGACAUCAUGAAUAUUGAAGAUGCUUGGGCUCAUGAAAUGUCUAAAUAGGUGGUUAUUUACUUAAUAUAUUAUAUAUAUGUAUGUAAAAGUGAACAAUAUUUUAUGCUAAGUUAUUAUAACUAUAAUCAUAGUUAAGUU